AGUUACAGAAUAAGAUGUGUACCUAAUGCACCUACGCGCUUUCGUAGUUCGUCGUCCCUAUUGUUUUCUAUGUAUAGACAGCUGUCGUUGAUCGUUCAUUUUCAGCUGAUUUUUGUGUACGCUUUGUAAAACCAUUGGAGAUUCAUAAUAAUACCCAAAUAAACCAUUAGAAAAGUGUUUUUGAUUAAAUUAGAUAGAAAUUCUCCGAAAGAAGUGUGUUGUUGGCACAAGCGAGAAAGCCUUUGGAAAAGAACAAAGAGUGAUGGUGAAUUGAGUGCGAGUGAAGAGCAGCGGGCGUGACGUCACGCGCGGACGAGGCCGAUGCGGCGGGGAUCGUGACCGGAGGCGCGCGGCGAGCACGCGCAGCCAGCCUGGCCUCCAGUGACUCGGGAGACGAGGGCCAACGGCCGCCGCGCAAGCGCUCGCGGAGGCAGUCGCCACCACCGAACAUGCACCAACCGUGCACGAACGGGGCGCACCUCAACGGGGAUUCUGUGCGCAAUGGGGACCUGGCUCCCGCACUGCAGAUGCCCACUACUGACCAGGAAAUUGUCCGACUCAUUGGACAGCACCUGGUCUCUGUUGGACUUGAACGUAGCGCGGCCCUCCUGAUGGAGGAGUCGGGGCUACACCUGGAACACCCGGCGGCAGCCACGUUUCGGCAGCACGUUCUGGCUGGGGACUGGGUCAAGGCCGACCAUGAUCUGCGCGCGCUGCACGACCUGUUACGUGACUCACCGCAUCGCGACACACACAAUCUAUCAGAGAUGAAAUUCGUGGUGCUAGAGCAAAAAUAUCUAGAGCAUCUCGAAGCAGGCCGUGUGCUGGAUGCGUUGCACGUGCUGCGAAAUGAAUUGACUCCGCUGCAGCACGACACGCCGCGCGUGCACAGAUUGUCCGCGCUCAUGAUGUGCGCCGACGCAGGCGAGCUACGAGCGAGAGCGCAGUGGGCCGGCGGCUCUACCUCGAGGGCAGCGGUGUUGGCCCGCGUGCAGGCCGUCCUUCCGCCCGCGCUCAUGAUGCCGCCCGCCCGCCUUCGUGCUCUCCUUGCUCAGGCUGCCGCCCUACAAUCGCAGCGCUGCCGUUUCCACGCCGCCCCGCGACCCUCGCCGGACCAAACUGAUCACAUCCCCUUCUCUCUACUCGCCGACCAUCAAUGCUCGGCUGACCAGUUCCCGAUACACUCUUUACAGGUACUAAACGAGCACUGUGACGAAGUAUGGUACUGCAAGUGGUCUCCGGAUGGAUCCAAAUUGGCAUCAGGUUCUAAGGACCACACUGUCAUGAUAUGGGACUUUGAUCCUGUAGCCAAGAGACUAUCCUUCAGAAAAUCCCUGGAGGGUCACCUGUACGGGGUGUCAUAUCUGUCUUGGAGUCCCGAUGGCCGCUACCUCAUCGCCGUUGGACCAGAGGACUGUCCCGAUUUAUGGAUAUGGAACAUGGAGACGGAACAGCUUCACCUGAAGAUGACUCACUCCCAAGAGGAUUCCCUAACGGCGGUGGCUUGGCACGCGACUUCAGACAAAUUUGUAUGCGGCGGUGCACGGGGCCAGUUCUACCAUUGCACGCUCGAUGGCACUUUAAUAAACAACUGGGAUGGCGUACGUGUGAACGCGCUAGCGUGUCGUGCAGAUGGCGCUGUACUCGCAGCUGAUACUCAUCACCGCGUCAGGGCCUACUAUUUCGCAGACCUCACUGAUAGAAACCUUAUUCAAGAGGAACACGCGGUUAUGGCGAUGACCUUGAAUGCGGCGGACACUCUGCUUUUGCUCAACGUCGCCAACCAGGGCGUACAUCUUUGGGACGUCCGUGCGCGUGCGCUGGUACGUCGAUUCCGUGGUCUGUCCCAGGGCCAUUUUACCAUCCACGCCUGCUUUGGCGGAGCGCACCAGGACUUCGUCGCCUCUGGCAGUGAAGACAAUAAGGUGUACAUCUGGCAGAUAGAACACGAAGAACCGGUAGCGGUACUUGCAGGUCACACACGCUGCGUCAACGCCGUGGCUUGGAACCCUGUUCACCACGACGUGCUGGUGUCAGCCUCUGACGACUACUCACUGCGCCUAUGGGGACCACGCCCUCACUAAUGCAUCAGUCAUGUAUUCUGCUAUUCCCCGUGAUACCUUUAUCAUUAUUAUGACAAUUUACAUAACAAUAAUGAAUUGAAAUCUAAUACUUUGUGGAUAUAUAGCAGGAACCUAUGAAUGUCCUUUCCAAAAUGGAUGGAGCACGAAAUCAUAAAAGUGCUCCAUAAUUUUGCUGUCUAUUUAUAUAGCAAGCAAAAAUAAUCUAUGAUUUUUUUAAUGAGCAUCUGCACAAGAAAAAAUUACUUGAAAGAAAAUAACCAUCUUUAUUACUGAAUGUACUCAAAAAAUAUAAGCAACAAUACAAAAAUUAUUUAUAUUAAAUUUUAAAAUUUAAUUUCUAUUUAAAAAGUUUAAAUGCAAUCAAAAAUUCUAGUGUCAAGUGCAAUAUUUCUUAAAAAAACAUUUAAUUUUAACUUUUACACAUUAAACAUUUGCACUUUUAAUUGUAUCUUCGUAAUACAUCCCCACAAACAUAAUCAAGAAACACGUUUUAAAAGCCGAAAUUUAUGUUAAUAAAAUGUGAUCGUAAUGUCAAAGGUUCACAGAGUGAAAAGGUUAUAAAUUGUGUUCGUAAACAAAUUUUGAAUAACUAAUAUUACGUCGAAAUUUUGAAAAUAGUGAUCGGUUAUAUUUCAAUACAAAAGUUUCACUAUAAUCUGUAUUGGGAUUGUCGCAAAGGGUAAGGGAACGCAUCACGUGGCAACAUCGAAGGAUUAAAAAAAAACUUUCAAAUUUUUUAAUUGUUUCUACAUUAAGUAGGCAACAUUUAUGACGUCAUCAGUUGCUUCGGGUUGCCCUAUUCAUAAUCUAGAUUAUAAUUAGACUGAUAAAGAAAUUAGAUUUAUUUAAGUUAAAAGUGUGGCGUAACAAAAUUAGAUGUAUUUUAUAAAGACUGUAAUUUGGCACAAUAAUUAAUUGCGGCUUAUUGUUGGCUAUUGAUCGUGUGGUUAAUCCAAAUAAAAAUUUAAUAUCUAUUGAACUAUCAGUUAAAACCAAACCGUGUCCAAUCCAACGGGCCAACUUUCGCUAAUGCCUUAUAUCAUAAUAUUAAGAGUUCUUCCUUUAUCCUUUGCUGAAUAGUAAUAGAUAAUGUUAAAUAAGACUUAACUAUAGACAGAGAUAACUUGUAUUAGGACACUAUUUUUAUACCGACCACGGCAUCUCCGCGGAGACGUUCAUUUUAUUCAACAGAAAAUAAUUUCGAACAGGGUUCAUAUAAAUCAUGUAGUUUUAAUUGAAUGCUCGGCUCGCCACUCUAGCGAGCGGCUAAUAUUUUUCUAUAUAGUUUGUUUCUAUUCAAAACAUUUUCAUUUCAAGUACAAGACACUAUUCAGCGCUUCGCUAGAGUGACGGCUCACUUUAGCUUUCCCGUUUAUAAGUGUUGAUUGUCACGCAAGGACCAUCCAAAGUAAUCUCAACAGUUGGAAUCAUGACAACUCCAGGGUAUUGAUGACUACCAACCAAGCUGUUGUUCCUAAACAAAUUACUCUAUUUUCUUAAAGAAAAAUUAUCUUACAAUUUAUCUCAAAAAUAAUUCAGAUGUAACUUAUAUCUUCCCUGGAGUGUCUAUACCAAAUGAGCAGACAGUAUGUGUACGUGUGUGUAGAAGUACAAAGAGCGAAUGGUCCUAUCUUGUAGGUAACAUAGUUAUAAUAUGAAUAACAAUAGAUAUAGAGGUGGUGUGUGCAGGCUAAUGCCUUUUCAAUUGUUAUAUAAUAAAUAUUAUAUCAAUAAAUUUUUAUUAAAAUAAAUCUAUCUAAUAAAACAA